AUGCUGCAAAGAGAGCUGGGAGCUGCCUUGCGCCCCGCGCAGAACGGGUGGCAGAAUAACCAGCGCCUCGAGUGUGUGCCUCUGGGACCAGGGGGCGGGGGAGCGGGACCUGCGCUCCACGGCCACCUCUGUUGGUGCAGACUUGGGGGUCCCAGAGGGGACAGCGUCCGCCCAGUCCCGGCGAUCGAGGGUCCCUGCCCCGGCGCAGCUAGGGCCGGCCGCGUGCUCAGGGGCCGCGGCUUCUUCCGGAACCCCCGCGGGCGGGGCCUGCCUUCCGGAGCCGGGUUGGCGGGGGGGGGGGCGGAGGGCGGCGCCGGGGAAGGGGCAGUUACUUUCCCAGAGUGGCGGGGCGACGUCAGGCGGAAGGGCGCGGGGCGCGCACGCUUUAAAUGGCAUUCGCUGUCAUCCGAGCUCACAGCAGUGUGGGCAGCCGCGGGCUAUAUAAGCAGCGAGUCGGGCCGCCGCGGGGCAGACGGCGACAGCAGCGGCGGCGAGCGCUUCGGAGCGCGGCGGAACAGCGCGCCGCGAGCCCCGCGCCCCCCGACGGGCCCGCCUGCCCGUCAGCCGUCCCAAGCAGCGCCGGCCCGGGCCCGCGAGGGCCGCCGCCACCCCGCAGCAGAUUUGGAUCCCCCGCCCGGCGAGCCCCCGGCUGCUGCCUCCCGGGGGGCCCCGGUGCAGCGGCCGCCCCCCGAGAGCCCCGGCGCCCCGCAGCCCGGCCCCGCAGACGCCGGAGGCGCCAUGGCCUCCAAGCCCGGCGAGCUGAUGGGCAUCUGCUCCAGCUACCAGGCGGUGAUGCCGCACUUCGUGUGCCUGGCCGACGAGUUCCCGCAGCCCGUGCGGCCCGCCAAGCUGUCUAAAGGCCGGGGCCGGCUGCGGCGGCCGCGCCAGUCUCGCUUCAAGACGCAGCCGGUGACCUUCGACGAGAUCCAGGAGGUGGAGGAGGAGGGGGUGUCCCCCAUGGAGGAGGAGAAGGCCAAGAAGUCGUUCCUGCAGAGCCUGGAGUGCCUGCGCCGCAGCACGCAGAGCCUGUCGCUGCAGCGGGAGCAGCUCAGCAGCUGCAAACUGAGGAACAGCCUGGACUCCAGCGACUCCGACUCGGCCCUGUGAAGGGUGCCGCCUGCAGGGGGAACGCGCGCGUCCGCCGUCCGCGCGGGGACCGACGUGCUAAUCCCGAGAGGGCCCGCAUCCUGCCCUCGGGGGACCCCCAAGGACCGGGGACUGCCGCCCCUCGCGCGCUCGGACUUCCGCCCCGCUGCGAACUGGUCGGUGCGCCCCUAGCCGCGCUCGCCCUUGCCCGGGGGCGCCGGGAGCGGGGCCGCUUUCCUUGCCCUUGUAAAUGUUUAUUUUUUAACUCUUCCCAGUGCGAACUCUGCUGUGAGUGUGUGCGGGAAGGCGCACCCGCGCUGAGUCGGCCGCGGGUUGCCCGAGUCGCCGCUCCACGUCCUUGUCCGAAGGUUUGCAACUCCGAUUUUGCACACCGCUCCACCCUGCUCCCCAGCGCACACGCGUUCACACUCACGCCAACACUCUCGCUGAACACUUUUAUAAUGUUAGGUGCGGCCGUUGGGACUUGGGGCGCAGCGCAGCUGCUGCUGCUGCGGCCGGAGGAUUGAUAUUUAUUUUUGCAUUGCGAUGGCUGAAGGCGUUUAUUUAACGAUCUUUUUACCUGGAUAUGUCUGUGAGGCUCCUGAACGGAGACAAAUAAAGUCAAUAUAUUUGCACAGUG